UUCCUUCUGAGUCUCCGGUAUCCCCCAAAGCUUCAACUCUGGAGGCGAUGGGUCGAAAGGAAGAAGAUGACUGCAGCUCCUGGAAGAAACAGACGACCAACAUCCGGAAAACCUUCAUCUUCAUGGAAGUGCUGGGAUCAGGCGCUUUUUCAGAAGUUUUCCUGGUGAAGCAAAGGGUGACUGGGAAGCUCUUUGCCCUGAAGUGCAUCAAGAAGUCCCCUGCCUUCCGGGACAGCAGUCUGGAGAAUGAGAUUGCCGUGUUGAAAAAGAUCAAGCAUGAAAACAUCGUGACCCUAGAGGACAUCUAUGAGAGCACCACUCACUACUACCUGGUCAUGCAGCUUGUUUCUGGCGGGGAACUCUUUGACCGGAUCCUGGAGCGGGGUGUCUACACAGAGAAGGAUGCCAGCCUGGUGAUCCAGCAGGUCUUGUCAGCAGUGAAAUACCUCCACGAGAAUGGCAUCGUCCACAGAGACUUAAAGCCUGAAAACCUGCUGUACCUAACCCCUGAAGAGAAUUCUAAGAUCAUGAUCACAGAUUUUGGUCUGUCCAAGAUGGAACAGAGUGGGGUCAUGUCCACUGCCUGUGGGACCCCCGGCUACGUGGCUCCGGAAGUGCUGGCCCAGAAACCCUACAGCAAGGCUGUGGAUUGCUGGUCCAUUGGCGUCAUCACUUACAUACUGUUGUGUGGGUAUCCCCCCUUCUAUGAAGAAACUGAGUCUAAGCUUUUCGAGAAGAUCAAGGAGGGCUACUAUGAAUUUGAGUCUCCAUUCUGGGAUGACAUUUCUGAGUCAGCCAAGGAUUUUAUUUGCCACUUGCUGGAGAAGGACCCGAAUGAACGGUACACCUGUGAGAAGGCAUUGAGGCACCCCUGGAUUGAUGGAAACACGGCCCUCCACCGGGACAUCUACCCCUCAGUCAGUCUCCAGAUCCAGAAGAACUUUGCCAAGAGCAAGUGGAGGCAAGCCUUCAACGCAGCAGCUGUGGUUCACCACAUGAGGAAGCUGCACAUGAACCUGCACAGCCCAGGCAUCCGCCCGGAGGUGGAGAACAGGCCACCCGGCCCCCCAGCCUCAGAAGCCUCGAGACCCAACUCGUCCGAGAUCACCAUCACCGAGGCCCCGGCCCCGGACCAGAGUGCAGCUCCGCCUGCUCUGACGCGGCUGCCCUGCCAGCACGGUCCCCGGCCCACGGCGCCCGGCGCCAGGUCCCUCAACUGCCUGGUCAAUGGCUCGCUCCGCAUCAGCAGCAGCCUGGUGCCCAUGCAGCAGGGGCCCCUGGCCGCCGGGCCCUGCGGCUGCUGCUCCAGCUGCCUGAGCAUCGGGAGCAAAGGGAAGUCCUCCUACUGCUCCGAGCCCACGCUCUUCAGAAAAGCCAACAAAAAACAGAACUACAAAUCCGAGGUCAUGGUGCCUGUGAAAGCCGGUGGCAGUUCCCACUGCCGGGCGGGGCAGACCGGAGUCUGUCUCAUUAUGUGAUCCCUGGAGCCCACGCAGGUGUGGAUUUUCAGGCCCAAGGCAGCGCCACAGCCUUCAGGAUGCAAGAGACAGCAAAUCGGUGACGCGGUACUGUCCGGAGGUGUCACCCUGGCCAGAUGCCUCACCCAGUCCCCAUGAAGUCAAACUUGGAAGUUGACUGUUUUCAUUUCAGCUGCUAAGUCGCCUCUCGCUUCUCUUCUUCUCUGUCCCGCCCUGAAAACCAGGGGCAUUAUUCUUGUCCCUCCCUGGUUUUCUUGUGCUCCGGCCCCUCCAGCUUCACGCUCGGUGUU